GCUGGACUGCCACUCCGGAAUCUCGGCGAUCCCCAGUCUGCACUGCACUCGGAGCUGCCGCCAUGGCCGCCUACAAGCUGGUGCUGAUCCGGCACGGCGAGAGCGCGUGGAACCUGGAGAACCGCUUCAGCGGCUGGUACGACGCCGACCUGAGCUCGGCGGGGCACGAAGAGGCGAAGCGCGGCGGGCAGGCACUGCGAGAUGCUGGCUAUGAGUUCGACAUCUGCUUCACUUCAGUGCAGAAGAGAGCAAUUCGGACCCUCUGGACAGUGCUGGAUGCCAUUGACCAAAUGUGGCUGCCAGUAGUGAGGACUUGGCGCCUCAAUGAGCGGCACUAUGGGGGUCUGACUGGCCUUAAUAAAGCAGAAACUGCUGCCAAGCAUGGCGAGGCCCAGGUAAAGAUCUGGAGGCGUUCCUAUGAUAUCCCACCACCUCCGAUGGAACCCGACCAUCCCUUCUACAGCAACAUCAGUAAGGAUAGAAGGUAUGCAGAUCUCACUGAAGAUCAGCUACCCUCCUGUGAGAGUCUGAAGGACACUAUUGCCAGAGCUCUGCCUUUUUGGAAUGAAGAAAUAGUUCCCCAGAUCAAGGAGGGGAAACGGGUACUGAUUGCAGCCCAUGGCAAUAGCCUUCGGGGCAUUGUCAAGCACUUGGAGGGUCUCUCUGAAGAGGCUAUCAUGGAGCUGAACCUGCCAACUGGUAUUCCUAUUGUCUAUGAAUUGGACAAGAACUUGAAGCCCAUCAAGCCCAUGCAGUUCCUGGGAGAUGAAGAGACCGUACGUAAAGCCAUGGAGGCUGUGGCUGCCCAGGGCAAGGCUAAGAAGUAAAGGCGAGCAGGCAGACUACUUUCCCAAGGACACCCUCCCUGCCCUUCCCAUUCCUCUGUAUCUCUCCUCUGCACAUGUCACACUGACCACAUCUGUAGGCAUCUUAAGUUGUAGCUGCAGAUGGAGACCGGUGGCUCCCAGUUUCAUUUUAGCCAUUUUAGCCAUUUUGCACCCACUCCCUUCAUGCAGUCUAGUUAGAAUCUCACCCCUGGGGCAUGGGUCCUCAGUCCAAGCGAGGGAAGACCUUAUCCAAGAGAGCUGAAUAGUAACUCCGGUUUUUUGCUAGUGCUUUGUUUAUUACUAAGAACCUGCUUGACUAGUGGAUAGGGAGGAGUCAUGCUAAGAUGUGACCAAUAAGGAGAGGCAAGAGAGCCUAUUUGUGUUCCCAGGAGCCAGUCCUGUACUAUUCCGUAGUUUGGUCACUGGGGGGCUCUAGUCAUUCCAAUGGAAGAUGAAUGCAUGGUGAUUAUCGAACAAAAUAUUUCCUCCCUGACCCCAGAGGAGCUGGCUCCAGAAGAUUGGGAUCAAUCCUGAAUGUUUACAUGUUGCAUUUACUUUUACAAAAAAAAAAAAAAAAAACCCUUUCUGAGAUUUCUAGUGGCAGUUGAAAUAUUCUCACAUGUGGUCAUCACAGAAUAAGCCAUUCCUCACACCAGUGUGGGAUAAGCUCCUUGACUUGUAAGGUGUAGAAGUUCAUCCUGCUGUGUUUUAGAAUCCCUCCCCUGCCUUAUUGUUUUAUGGCAGUGAAAUGUCUCUUGAUCAUGUCCAAGUGUAUUUUUCACUGAUUUCUGAAUCAUGUCCCAGUUGCUUGGUCCUGCCACUUGGGCCCAGUACACAUUUUGAGCAUAACAACUAAAUCUUUUUUCCAGAUCAGUAUAAUAAAGGAGUGAUGUGCAAUA